ACCAAUCGUUUUAACUUUUAAUCGACAUGACGUGUUCCUCAGAAGAUAGAAAUGGUUUGAGAAACAUUCAGUCGCAAAAGAGGCAACGACAAGCAGAUGUGUUGCUAGAUCGUGAUGUUCUUGACUGUCCCGUUUGCUACGAGCCACUCGCUAUUCCCGUCUAUCAGUGUGAUAUGGGACAUGUAGCUUGCCAUAUUUGCUGGCCCAGACUCAAUAAUAAAUGUCCUUUAUGUGCUUUACCCAUUGGUAACAAACGCUGCAGAGCAAUGGAGAGUGUUCUUAGAUCAGUGACAGUCACUGUCCCAUGCCCAAACGCAAAGUUAGGUUGCACCAAGCAUGUUCCUUAUGGGAGGAGAGUAUCAAACCAUGAGAAGAAGUAUUGCAGAUUCUCUCUAUGUUCUUGCCCUGAAAUCAGCGAAUGCAAUUACACUGGCUCAUACAGUGAUGGCCUAUUUGGUCACUAUAUGAUAUCCCACCCGUUAAAACCCGGUUGUUUCUUCAGUUUUGGUGCUCCGAGACAUGUGCGGAUGCCCAUAAACGAUAAGAUUUUCGUUCUUAUGACGAUUGAAAAGAAAGUUUUCUUUGUGCUGCAAUGUUUUAGAGAGCCAAAAGGUGUUUAUGUGGCUGUAAAUUGUAUUGCACCAUUGGCUCCAGAAGUGGAGAAGUUCUCAUAUCGAAUCUCCUACUCUUUUCAAGGACGCAUCUAUAGUCACUACGAAACGCCGGAGAUGAAGAGGAUUCAAAAAGUUAGUUUUCAAACCCCUCAAGAUAAAGAUUGCAUGUUUGUUUCUAACAGUUUAUUGCGUGGUCAAGUGUUAGAGAUGAAGCUUUGUAUAUCGAAAAGCUAAAUGAAAAACGGUUCUAUGGUUAGGUCUUGUAUGGGAUCAUUAAAAGAUGUCUUUAGUCUCUCUCUUUUGUAUGUUCUUUUGAUUUUUGUUUCUUGUUUAUGUAUGUCACUGUUUUUUUUGUUAAUAUAUACAAUGAUGUUGCUUCUUUGAGUCUUA